UAUCCGCACCCCUAAACACAGGGCUGCAGAUUUGAGGUCCUCAGGCUUGGGGAGGUGGGGUGCAUCCUGUGCACCCCCUGCCCAUGUGCAGCUUCUGCGCAUGUUGGUGCUGAGCUGAGUGCCAGCACGUGGUGCAGCUGAGGCAGUUCAUGUGUCCUCCAGACACAUCUGCUGUUGGUGCGUGUGCAAGUGUGCUGAGCUCUUUCUGCUCCAGGGGUUGUGGCUGUCCCUCACAGCUGGGGCUGGGCACUGUGGCUUGGGGAGCGCUGGACCAUGGCAGGGCCUUUGCCCUGUGCUGCUGGGAAGGAAUUUGUCCCACUGAGCAAAGCUCUGGGGCCAGAGCCAAGCCCAGCCCCAGGCUGUCCCUUUCCCAGCUGCUAUGGAGGGGCUGCACUCCCCUUCACUGCAGCACUUGGUUGGCCGCCCGCCCAGCCAGUUGCUGUGGAUCCAUGCAUGCUCCCCACGCUCAGGCAGAAUCUGACUGUGGGACUGUGCCCACCCCCCCCCCCAGCCACUGCACGUCCCCCAGGCAAUGCUUGGCUGAGUUUCAGCUGCAGGCGCUGUCUUCGCACAAGCCCUGAGAUGCAGUGUCCAGCCCCAUGCCAAGGCGUCCCCUGUCCUGGGCCCCUGUCCCCUACCUCGUGCUUGGAAACCCCGUGAGAGGCACGGCUGUGAAAGCAAAGUCCAGGAGACUACCAGCACAGUACAAAGAUGUUGGCCGGGCUCCGUGCAGGCCUGGGUGCAGGCUGUGCUGUCCAUGGGCAGCGGGGACAACGCCUGGCUCAUAGCAGGACCACAGAAAAGCUGCAACGAGAAUAUGAUGCCGUGGUGAUCGGGGCAGGGCACAACGGGCUGGUGGCAGCUGCCUACCUGCAGCAGGCAGGGCUGCGCACGGCUGUGCUGGAGAAACGCCACGUGCUGGGUGGCGCAGCUGUCACAGAAGAGAUUGUGCCAGGUACCCCACGUGCCCUACAUCCUCCUGCCCACUACCUUCCCUGUGCACGCCUCACCACCCCAUGUUCUCCAGGCUUUAAGUUCUCCCGGGCUUCCUACCUCCUCAGCCUGCUGCGCCCGCAGAUCUAUGCAGAACUGGAGCUGCAGCGGCAUGGCCUGAAGGUGCUGCCGCGGGACCCCUACUCCUUCACCCCGCUGCUGGAGGACAGGAGCCCACCCCGCUCCCUGCUGAUGGGGCACAACAUGGCCCAGACCCAGCAGCAGAUCGCCCAGUUUUCCCAGAAAGAUGCUCAGGCUUACCCUAAGUAUGAGGUGUUUAUGGGGUGCUUGGUGUCUGCUAUCAACCCGCUGCUGGAUGCCCCCCCGGCAGAUACAACUGCCCUAGGGCAGGGCUCUCUGCUGCAGAGUCUCCGUGCCCUGUGGCCCCUGCUGCAGGCAGGGCUGGCACUGGGGCGGCGGCUGCCCCACUUUUAUGAGGUACUGACAGCCCCGAUCUCCAAGAUCCUGGAUCACUGGUUUGAGUCAGAGCCCUUGAAGGCCACUCUGGCAACAGAUGCAGUGAUUGGGGCCAUGAGCAGCCCCCACACCCCUGGCAGUGGGUACGUGCUACUGCACCACGUCAUGGGUGAGUUGGAGGGGCAACGUGGUGCCUGGGGCUAUGUGGCUGGGGGCAUGGGGGCCCUGUCCCAAGCCAUUGCCUGCGCAGCAGCCACCCACGGUGCCCACAUCUUUACGGAGCAGGCCGUGUGCCGCGUGCUGCUGGGAACUGAUGGGCAGGCACAGGGCGUCGUGAUGCAGGACGGAACGGAGGUGAGGAGUAAAGUGGUAUUGUCCAACGCCUCCCCCCAGCUCACCUUCCUGGAGCUCACCCCCCAGGUAUGGGGCCACCAUAGCACAUGGCACAGGGUCACACCCCAGCUGGGUCACCCCAUCACUGCAGUGCCCUCUCCAUCCCAGGAGCAGCUUCCAGAGGACUUUGUGCGGCGGAUCCAGCAGCUCGACACACGUUCCCCUGUCACCAAGAUCAAUGUGGCGGUAGACCGGCUCCCUAGCUUCCUGGCUGCCCCCAACACCCAUGACAACCAACCUCUGCCCCACCACUGCUGCUCCAUCCACCUCAACUGCGAGGGCACACACCUCCUGCACCAGGCUUACACCGAGGCUGCCCAAGGGCACCCCUCUAGCAGGCCCAUGAUUGAGCUGUGCAUCCCCUCAGUGCUGGACCCAGGGCUGGCCCCUCCAGGCUGCCACGUUGUAUCCCUCUUCACCCAGUAUACCCCAUAUGAGCUGGCAGGUGGGCAGCCCUGGGACGAGAAGGCUCGGAAUGCUUAUGCAGACACAGUGUUCGACUGCAUUGAAGCCUAUGCCCCAGGCUUCAAGGCAUCCGUCAUCGGCAGGGACAUCCUGACGCCACCUGACCUGGAGAGGAUCUUUGGGCUGCCUGGAGGGAACAUCUUUCACGGAGGGAUGUCUCUGGACCAGCUCUACUUCACCCGGCCAGCACCAUCCUACUCAACCUACCAGUCCCCGGUCCCGGGCUUAUACUUGUGUGGGAGUGGAGCUCACCCCGGAGGAGGUGUGAUGGGCGCAGCGGGACGCAAUGCAGCCCAGGUGGUCCUCAGGGACUUCAGGCGCCUGCGGUGGCAGCGGUGAAACUGACUUCACCUGCACAGGCCUUUGGCUGCAGUUGUUUCCAGUGGCCCCUGCUUCCCAUCCAUGCUGCAAGCCAAGCAUGCAAGGUAGCAUCCCCUGUGAACAGGACAGUACAGGCUAGUGCAGUGUCCCAAGAGGUGUCAAAUGUCCCAGUGCUGUGACAGCCACAGAAAUAAACCCAGCCACUUUGCA